CCAUUCAUACACUUGCAAACAACACAAAACUGUGAAAACUGAAGAGCGUUUACCUGAAAAUUAAAGAAAAUAAACACAUUUCUUCAAAUGUAAGAUAAAUUAAAGUGAGGAAUAAACCAUCAACUAAAGUCACUCCUACAAUUGAAAGAAGGAAGCCAAGAAAGUCGGGCAUACUAUUUUAGAAGGUAGACAGUUAAACAGUCAUUAAAGUCAGCUUUAACACAGUUAGAAGGUAGCCAUUAAGUGAACGGUAACAUUGUUAACAGUUAACCAGUUAGACAAUUAUGGAUGGAAAUAAAGAUCUUCAAAACGUAACAGAAAAACCAAAGAAAAAGAAACCACAAGGACAUCAGGCAAAAAGAGAGGGCAAGAAGAAAUCUGGUGAUAGUCAGAGACCAGCCAUGUCAAGUACUGUACAGUACCACCCAGAAAGUUCAAUCCAAUAUCCGGCAGAUAGAUUAAUACCAGAAGGACAGGGCACCCAUCAUUUUACUGACAGACUUGUACCUGAUGGACAGGCACUCAAUCAGCCAAGAUUACACAACCUCCCUCCAAAGAAAAGUUUGUCCCCAUCAUUUAUAGCAUCUCAUGUUCUGUCUUUGGCACAAGAAGGAAUGAAUCAACCUUCAGAACCAUCACAUACAGUGCAACAUCUUCCUACUUCUCCAAGUAAAGGUCAAAGUUCAACAGAAAGGAUCCCUGACAUAAGGUUUAUGGGACAGAUUUUCCCCCAGCCUUCACAGUAUAGGGCAUUCACUCCACAUGGAUUAGAACAGGGUGGACUGCGAGCUCCACAUGGUUUAGAACAGGGUGGACUACGUCUUCCACAUGGAUUUGACCAGGGUGGACUGUUAAGACAACAAUUGUUACAUGGAAUAAGACCUUCAUCAGAUUCUUCAUUUCAUAGACCAACUAUUGAUCCUUCAAGAUCAUCCCCAUCUUAUCACAGAGUAGACCCCACAAGGUCCUCACCCUCCUAUCACAGCCCACCACCAAACAGAACUGUACACAAUAUACCAGGAUCUUCUCCACCAGGGAUCAGUGGUCGUGUAUCAGAGAGUGAACGGAUGUCUCCAUAUCAUGUAUCUACAAUUCGUAAGACACCUUCCCCAGCACCUAAACGUGUAUCACCAGGACCUCAGAAGUCUACACCAUCUCCCAAACACCAAAGAAUGUCACCAGUGCCUGAGCUAUCUUCACAUUAUCGUCAAGACAGAGUGUCUCCGGCAGAGAGGACACAGUUAAGUUUGGAGGAGGCCAUUAAAUUGAUGCAAGGUCACCCUGGGGCUAGUAUUCCACAGCAUUUACUAACACAAGUUUCACUAGGUCAUCAGGUUCAACUUACCCAGCAACCAUCCAGACCUGAGACUGAAGAUAUAACAAAGUUCAGCAGCUAUCAACCUUUAUACAGUUUUCCUGAGCCCUAUCCAAGGGCAGUUCCCCACUCACAGACUGAGCCCUAUGCAAGGGCAGUUCCCCACUCACAGAAUGAGCCCUAUCCAAGGGCAGUGCCCCUCUCACAGACUGAACCCUAUCUUAGGACAGACUACAGUUUUCAGACCAAAGAAAUGAUACAUAAACCAGAGAGGUCAACUAAACAGUUCAUUAGUACUAUGUUAGCUAACCAAGCCAAGAGCAGACAACCUACUCCUGGUUCUGUGUUUCCACCACAUGGCUUAACGGUAGAUACACAUAGUGAUCAUCAUCAAAUGUCACAGUUUGUUAAAGUGUCACCCUCAGGACCCAGACUAGUAUCACCCCCUGGUUUAGUACCAAGACAGAUGGUGUCAUCUGGUGGUAUGACAAGACAAAUGUCUCCAUCUGGUGGUAUGCAACAGCAAAUGUCUCCCCCAGGUGGUGUACCACGACAAACAGGAGGACAGAUGUAUCAUUCUACCACUCCCUCCAUGGUACAUCCAACCUCUUUACCACAGACAGCUCAGAUGACUACAGCAUUGCUUCAGCCACAGGUGAUGACAUCAGCAGGGACAGCCACAAGACGUAUUCCUUCACCCAAACCUCAACAUCGACAUAAAGACUUCGCUCAGGCACAAGCCAGAAAUACACUACAGAAUAUACACAUACCUGAGAAUACUGGACCAAUUAGACAACCUGUGGUGGAACUUGUUAAAAUUCCGAUACCAAGGUCAACAGAUGGAAGCAUUCAAACAUUCUCUGCCAGUCAUAUGACCAGUCUUACUACACAUGCCGGUAAUCUGACUUCACAUGCUGGUAAUCUGAGUACACAUGCCGGUAAUCUGACUACACAUGCCGGUAAUCUGACUACACAUGCUGGUAAUCUUACUCAUUUACCAUUCUCACAAAUUCAACCACACUCCUUUGGUGAAAACAUGGCAACAGAAAUAAAUAAAACAUCACAGGGAAUGAUAAAUCCUUUCACGUUUCCAACAAACCCAUCAGUGAUCUCACAACCUAAAAGUCAACCAAGAUAUGAAGUGAUCUCCCCUGUUGUUCAGCCAGUUAUUGAACAGAAGAGGAAGUUGUCUGAUAUUGAGAUGCCACACUUAGAUCCUGUUCCCUCACUCCAGAAGCAAGCCAGUCCUGUCAAAGUGGAAAUGGUCAAAAUGAGAAACCCUUUCAACAUGAGGUUACAGAAUUUAUCCAAUCUACCAACAAACUCUAUGUAUAGAUCUACAUAUAGGGCUCAUAGCAUGGCUGUUCAUAGAGCAAAGGCUGGUCUGAUUACAAGUACAGCUAAAACAUUGGACCUACUAAGACAAAAUCUACAGAAAUUUAUAAACAAAGAAAUAGAUGUCAUAGUCAAAGAGUAUUUAGAUAAGUUUUUCAAGCCUGGAAUAGAGAAUAUAAAGAGCAAUAAUGGUGAGAAUUCAGUAACAGAUGAACAUGUACAAGCUGUAUGUAGACAGAUUCUAGAGGAGGCAAAAAAGAUGUACACUACAGAACAAAGGAGUACCACACCUGUACGAGAUGAGAAUACACCCAUACCACUUAACAGAAAGAGAAAUGCCUCUGAUACAGAUUCUGAGAAGAGUGUGCCAUUUCAACCAAGAAAGAAAAAGGGAAGGCCACCCAUUUAUUCCUCAGGGAGAUCUACACCAUCCAAACCAGCCAAAGCAAAUGAGCCUGUCAAAAGAGAAGGCCCUAAGUGGGAUUCUAACAGACUGGAUUCUAAUACACAAUACAUAAUGGGAGCCAGGGCAAAUAAAGCACUAGGAUUAGGGGCCACCAGAGGUAGAAUAUAUAUAAAACAUCCUGAUGUAUUUAAGUAUUGUGGUGACCAGGAUGAUAAACAAUGGCUAUAUGAGAACCAUAAGAUGCCAGCUACUGGUGGGAAAGCUUACAUGAUGUUACUUGAGGAUGUUAAAGACCUGGCUGAGGAUGAUGAAUAUAGAAACAAUGCCAAUGUUAUGAUGGAUGAAAUAGUAGGAUUCUGUAUUCCUGAUUGGAUGACGGAAAAGGUCAAAGUUCAAAUGGAAAGUCUCAGAACAGACAAGGCCAAACAGCGUAGUAGGUCAACAACUCCAAAUGAAGGACAGCUUGGAAUACAAGAUGGAAGUGAUGUAUAUAAAGAAGAUCUACCAUUCUCUGCAUUCAGUACUGCAAAAAGAUCUCCACAUAAGGAGGAAAUACAGACCUCUCCAGGUGAUACAGAAAUGGAAUUCCUGACAGGGGGAGAUAAUGAAGAUCACAAUAAUUUAUCUCCCUUUACUUUGACUGGUGGAUUUGAUGAAGGAAUUUCACCCUCUGCCUCAGAUUUAGAUACGCUAGAUGAAGCUCCACUCAGUGCUCCUUUUGACUUUACUAAAUGAUGAUAGAAACACUAGGUGAAGCUCCACUCCGACCACCUUUUGUACAUUCAGUACUAAAUAAUGGUAGAAACACGAAAUGGAAAUCUAUUUGGUGUACCUUUUGAUUUUACUAGAUAAUGAUAUACACUGAUAAAAAUCAAUUCAGUAUACCUUAUGAGUUUAAUAAUUAAAUAAUGAUAAGAUACACUAGAUGACGCUCCUUUCAGUGCACCUUUUGAAUUUACUACAUAAUGAUAGAUACACUAGAUGAAGCUCCAUUCAGAUGACCUUUUGACUUUACUACAUAAUGAUAGAUACACUAGAUGAAGCUCCAUUCAGAUGACCUUUUGACUUUACUAAAUAAUGAUAGAUACUCAAGAUGAAACUCUGUCAGAGCUCCUUUUGAGUUAACUAAAUAAACUAAGAUUUUCUUUGAAAAAAUGGAUAGUUGUGCAAGACAGAUUUCAAAACAAGGCUAAGGGAAGCUUUGAUGUUACUAUUAGUGAAAAGACCAGUGUACUAGAUUUGUAUAGUUAUUACUAAAUAACAAUUGUUUUUUAUGUAAAUGAAUUUAGUUAAUGAUACUCUGUAUAAUAUAAAAUUUAACUGGUGUCCAUUUAUAUUACCUUUUACAUUUGAAAUUUAACAUUUUAGUCUAAUAUAUAUCUACCAUCAUUUAGAGAAACAAGAGGUAGCUUUAAGAUAAGAUUAUAUUUUGUUAUACUUCAUUUUGUUCUGCUAAUAUUUCCCAGGGUAUAUAGUACUUGCAUAUAAGGAUACUAUAUGCCUGUGAUGAUGUUUUAAAUCAAUGUAAAAGUCAUAUGAUAAUGAUGAUACUUAAAAUUAAAAAAAAAUGAAUGGCUGAGUUUUACUUUAAAACAAGUGUGAAUGAACUUUCUUGUAAAAGAAAAUCUUUUAUCAUAUCAAAAUCUUCAAAAAUCUCCUGCUAUUGAAUAAUUGUCCUCCCAUACUCUUAUUCGUUGAUAGCUUUUCCAUAUUAGACUUCUCAUUAGUACUUCAGCAACUGCUCAGCACAAGUGUGAGAAAAAACUGUGAUGAAAGAAAGGCAAAAACAUGCACUGGAAGGUAGAUUGUGUAAAUUGAUUCUGAAAUGAUCAAAGUUUGAUUAACAAAUGGAAACCCAUGGAAUAUAUGAAAAAAAAUGCAACAUGGCUCUAUCAACUCACUUAUUUUUUAUGUGCUCCAUGAUUAUGUGUUGAUUGCUUAUUAAGGUCACAAUCAGUAAACUUCGGCAACAAAAACCCGAAAGUUAAUUAGAACCUAAAGUUUCCAAUCGACAAUCACUGAAUGAAAUAUUUUUUUAUUGAUUAUAUGUUAUGGAUUUGUUAUAAAGGUUUUUAAAAAAAUAGCAUAGAGGACUUAGUUUCAUGUAUAUACAUGCAUAAGUUUUAUAAAUUCCUUAAUAUUAUGAUUACAAGUUUGUGGUAUCAUAUGACUUUAACAUUUUUCUGAUUGAAUGCCCAGGUAAAUAAAUAACUGUCAGCAUAUAACCAACAAUGUUUUACAUUGUGGAAUAUUGUACAUAAACAAAAUCUGUUUUUGAUGGUUUUUAUGUUUUUGCUUUAUGAUAUCAUACUUCUGUUUUUAAAUGACUAAAUGUGCAAUAACGUUCAAUAAAUUAAAGAAUUACAAAACUUUUAAAUCUGUAUUAUGAUAACGUUUCUUUCGCAUUGACUAUAAUUUUAUGUUUUUUUUGUUUUUUUUUUAAAUAUUUCCAAGAAGGCAGCUAUUAGAUUAUCUUUCUUUUUAUAUAGGUAAUACAGAGUGAUUAUAGUUGUAUAUAGUAUUGUAUAUAAAGCUGUAUUAAAUCUGAAUAUGUUUACAUCGAUAUCUCAUAAGUAGCAAGAAACAUAGAUAGAAGAAUAUGUUGCAGACAUUAUUUUACAGAUUUCUAUUUAGUAUAUGUUCAUAUUACACUGUCCAUGUGUGCUUUAAUGCACAGAUCCAGUAUUAUUGACAUCCAGCAAAGAAUUGUCAUCAAAUUAGAACUUAUAAUCAUCACUAACUUGUAGUUAGGUACCUUAAAAUGAAUAACAGUCAUAAAAACACUGUUUGUUUCAAGUUUUACAAUUUUGAAUCAUAAAUUCGUUAAACCAAAUAUCUUCUUUUGCAUUUGUUUCUUCGUAGUCAUUAGAUUUUUGCAAAAUUCUUGCUAUUUUUUUACUUUCCUUCACAACAUCUGAAAGGUUUGUGUCAAAGGUAAGACAUAGGGAAUCGUACAUUCUGUAGUUAUUGCCAAUAUCAACAUUAAGGGUUAAUCUGUGGUUAAAGUUUUUUAAGACAUCAAUACUUAUGUCAAACUUUCAUUAAAUUCACAAAAGUUAAACAGAAACCAUCUGGAGUGAAAACCAAAAAAAAGUAGACAGUUUUGGCAGAUAACAUUAAGAUACAGUCUGGGGUCAAAGUUAUUUAGACAACAAUUUUGUUGAACCUUCAUGAAAUUUUAAAAAGCUGAACAGAAGCUUCUUCAUUACCAAGGGAUAGGUGUUCUUGUAUCUUGCCUGCAAUGAAAGUAGCAGAGUUCAAGACAUAGGGAUUACUAUCCAACACAGAGGCGGCGGUGUUAACUUUUUGUAUAACGCUUUAUAUUUAAGAAUGAGGAAGACAUAGAUGCUUCAUACUUUGUAUCCAGAUACCUUAUGAUACGAAGUCUCUGUUUGUCAUAUGAACAUUGUCCUUCACCUAUUUUUCAAGGUUCAGUGACUGCUUGAAAAAAUAUAGAACUUUUUUGUCAUGUGAAAUACUCACUGUUUAUGAUUAAAAAGAUAACUUUAUUCAGUAUCUAUAGGGUUAAUACAUGUCUGUCUGCCUGACCUCGACCUCAUUUCAUGGAUGAGUGAUCAAGGUUAAGUUUUUGUGGUAAUGUCUGUAUCUAAGAUACUGUAAGCAAUAUUUUAACGAUAUUUGGUGUAUGGAUUAAUUGUAGGGUGAACAUGUCUGUCUGGCAGGUUUUAUAUGACCUUGACCUUAUUUUCAUGGUUCAUUGGUCAAUGUUAAGAUUUCAUAGUUAUGUCUGUUUCUCCGAUGCUAUAAGCAAUAGGCUAACUAUAUUUGGUGUAUGGUAUGAUUGAAAGGUGUACAUGUUUGUCUGGUAGGGUUGAUUUGACCUUGACCUCAUUUACAUGGAUCAUUGAUAAUGUUAAGUUUUUUGAUACUUGUAGUAAAACCUUCAUAUUAGAUAAGUUAAGCAGGCAAAACAUUUUAGCAUGUGCACUCUUGUUUCUGUAUUUAACUGGUCUAUGAACUAAUUUUUUUGGCAGUAAAUAUUACACUUUUACACUGACAGAAGCAGUCACAGGGUACACAUGGUUCUAUGAAAACCUUCACAAAUGUUUUGUAUAUAUAAGACCUUUUACUGUAAAAGCAUGCCUUGAUAAUUAUUGUAAGUUACAUUAUUUGAAAUUUGAUGGGAAUUUUUCCCUCAAGAAAGAUUAUCUUUCUGACAAUGCUACCAAGUUAUUAUUAAAGAUCGUUUAGAAUUUAAAGUUUUAUGGAUUUUAAUUGUUAAUAAGUAUAUUUUUUUGUUUUAAGAAUUUUAUUGUUAAUGAGUAUUUUUUUUUAUGCAGUAUAUGUUUACUCAGUUACAGACUAUUCUUUUUUAAUCAUUAAAAGUGUAAUCACUUA